AAAGUAUAAUUCAUUGUGUAUAAAAGCUGAAUUAAGAUGCUAUGACUUGUCUCCGUAACUGAUUCCCGUAUACGAUGCUUCAGAAGAUAACGAACUUAACAAACUUAUCAAUCCAAACAAACUCUGUUUCUCUCUUUUCAGUUUUCAGUUUUCACUGCUAAAUGCCGAUGAAAAAACAACACACACUCUUCCCUUUCUUGCUUUCUUCCUUUCUUUACAGCGUUUCAUCAGUCACACCCGAUUUUAUUCGAUUCGAAUCAAUUCAACAAAUGCCGUCCUUCUCGCGCUCGUUUUCAUAAACCUCCGCGAAACCAUCUUAUGUGGGUUGAGCAGUCACCUCAUUCGUCCGCUUAAGCAAUUGUCAAGGUUUCGGAUCCCGCUUUGUACAUUCAUCAAUCAUUGGCCAGCAAUAGACUGUUAAAUAAAGUUCAGAUUCGCCAUGGAUUAGUUUUUAGCCUAUCCGACUAGAGAAUACUGUGGACAACAAAAAAAAUACACCUCCGCGAAUUUCUCUCCUGGAGCCUCCCUUCUCAUCCCCAAGCCGCCGUGUCCAGCAUCGUCAUCUCUGAAAUUCUCCCCUGAGCAACGCUCCAUGGCGAAAGCCAAGAAUCAGAGGAAAACCGCCUUGGUGUCGACGUCCAAUCAUCAGAGGAGGACGUGCAUGUGUUCCCCUACGACGCACCCUGGCUCCUUCCGCUGCUCCUACCACAAACGCCUCGUCGAACAGCAGCAACAGCAAAUGGCGUCGUUUCAUUCUGCUUCUUCUUCGAGUGGUAACACCCUAAAUCUUCGAAGAUCGGCGAUGCAGAACUUGCUGGUGCGGAUCGGAGGAGUGGAGGGCGAGCUGGUGAAGAGAGCUCUGAGUACUCUGAUCAGACCCUCCUCGCACAACCAUCGCCGCCGUGAAGCCUUUCAUUCAAGGCAGAGCUGCCUCUCCAUCAUGUCCAAGGCAGAAGAUUAGUAAAUUCUCCUGUGUUUCUUUGUUGAUCAUAUCAUCCUUUUAUUUUUUUUACAAAGGGUGGAUGCAUUAAAAAGAAA